CGGCGGCGGAGGGACCCCCCUCCCUCCACGAUCUCCUCCCCGAUUCCCCCCCCACGACCGACGCCGUGGGGGGAGGCGCAGGGGGGGCCCAGACCCAGCGGAGAGACGGACCGACGGACGGAGGCCGGCCCCAGGCGCCCGCUCCCCGGCGCCCCCUCCCCAUGGAUAGGAACUACCCCAGCGCCGGCUUCGGGGAUCCGCUGGGCGCCGGCCCGGGAUGGAGCUACGAGCGCUCGGCCAAGGCCAGCUUGGUGUACGGCGGAUCCCGGAGCUCACACCCAGACACAGAUAUCUUACAUCGCCAAGCGUACGCCACCCCUCAUCCUCUUCAGGGCUACGCCACAAACCACCACCCGGCAGGUCUUUCUGGCCUAUUCGAGACAGGGCUCCAUCAUGCCAGCAGUGCCACCCCGGAUGCCUCCGUCAUGAACCUCAUCUCGGCACUGGAGUCCCGGGCACCGCAACCAGGCCCUUCUGCCUCCUCCCUGCUCUCCCAGUUCCGCACCCCAUCCUGGCAAACAGCCAUGCACACUCCAGCGCCGGCCGAGCUCUUCAUCUCGGGGGCCCUCCCCGGCUCCGGCACCUUCCCCUCCUCCUCGGCGCUCUCUGCGUACCAGCACCCGGCCUCCUUCAGCGGGCGCAGCUUCCCGGUCACUUCCUCGCUCACCCUGCAGGACGCUACCUUCAGCCCCACUUCCAAUGGCCUCCUGUCUCCGCACGACCCCCUGCUUCACAUCAAGUCCUCCCAACCCAGCGUCCCUUCGUCUCUCAGCUUUGACCGGCUGGGCAGCGCGGUGCUGGGCACAGGCUUGCCCUCCCAAAGCUCGGCUUACCGGAGCGCCCAAGAGUCGGCUUCCCGCCACCUCCCCUCCCAGUUCAACCUCCUGUCGUCCUCGCUGGGGCCGUCAGAUCAGACUUCCCAGCUUUACAACACCUCCGUCUUCUCCAGCUCGCCUGCCUCCUCCAUCGAACGGGCCAUCCCACGGCAAGACAGCGUGAUCAAGCAUUACCAGCGGCCCUCCAGCGCUCAGCCGCAGCUGCCGGCCGCCCAUUCCCUUCAGCACUACCUGAGCUGCGGGGGCAGCUACCAGCAGAUGCCGCACCGCUCCAGUCUCUCCUGCAGCCCCUUGGGCGAGCAGUCCCCUGCCAGCAGCGAAGGCUCCCAGCAGCAGAAGACCCCCCAAGCCACCCGGCAAGAGCCCUCGCAAAGCUACCGUCCCAUCAUCCAGUCCCCUGGCUACUCGGGGACGGCCUCGUCGUCGAAAUCCAAGAGCUACUCGGCCUCCCGCCAGCCGCCCCGCUCCACAGCCACGCCCAAGUGCCAAAGCAACUACAGUUCGUCCACCCCCAAGCCCAGCUCGGUCAUCUCGAGCCAGUCGCAGGCUUAUUCGCCCGGUCAGCCCCAGAGCCUGCUCUCCAUGAGCCAAACGCAGAGUUACUCCGUCAGCCAGUCACAGAAUCUCUCUUCGGUCAGCCAGGCCUCGCAAGGCUUCAGCAGCAACCAGGCCCAAGACCUCACGAGCGUGAGCAAGGCUCAGAGUUACUCGACGAGCGGGCAGGCCCAGCAGGGGCAGGCCGGGCAGGCCGGUCAAGGGCUGCAGACCUGUCAGAAUCAGACCUACUCGCCCGAGCAGCUGCAAGGCCUGUCGUCCGUCGGGUACAGUGUCCAGGCCGAGCCCCACGUCUCUGUCAGCCAGACGCCGAGCUACGUCCCGGCUCACUCGCAGGGCAUGCCCACUGCCAGCCCGUCACUGAGUUACAGCACCGGCCACUCUCCGGCCAUGCCAGGGCACAGCCAGUCCAUCGGCUACUCGCACAGCCAGAACCUCCCCGACUCAAGCCCAUCCCAGAUCAUCCGGCCUCUCCAGUCGCCCACCGCGAACCGGCCCCAGAGCGUGGCGUCGCCCGGGCAGUCCCAGAAGUACCUCACGUCCGUGCUAUCUCCUUCGUUCAUGCAGACGGCCCACACCCAGAGCUACCAGAGUUCCCAGGGGGGCUUGGAAAGGGCAGCGUCUUACGGGAAGGCCAAGGCCGACUCAGACCUACUGUCGUCGGAGCGGACGGAAGACGAGGACUUCUUGAUCCAGCACCUGCUGCAGUCUCAGAGCCCGCCCAGGGUGCCCACCGAAGGCAUGGUGGAGUGCGAGGAGAGGGCCGGGAAAGGGAUGGGGUACGAGCUGAGCAAGACGGAGGAGCGCUACCACUUGCAGAGUGUCAUCCGGACCAACUCCAACCUGGACAACCAAGGCUUGGAGAUGUCCCUGCAGAGCUUAAAGGACAAGAAGAAAGGGGAGAGGCCCAAGGAGUACCCACACACCCGCUCGACGCCUGAGUCUUUGGCCACCUCCGUGGUCCAUUUCAGCCACCAGGCGGGCUCCAUGGACUCUUAUGGGCAAGACAUGAAGAAGUCAGUGGAGCAGCACCUCCAGGGUGGCCACAUGGACGCGGGCAGCAAGGAGAUCGCCCAGGCCCACUCCUACCUGCAGAAGACUCCGGAGCACGCCCCCCAGCCUCACCCCAUGGAGCCCCAUGGGCUGAUGCCUGGGCAGCAGGGGGGCACCCUGAUGCUGGACUCCCCUCCCGACCUGCCCCCUCUUUCCCUCUCGCAGCAGCAGCAGCAACAGCAGCAGUCCCAGCUGCUCCAGUCGGUGCUGACGCACACCCAGAGCCAGCUACACUCUCGGGGGAAGGUGCGCACCCCGCUGGAUGUCCACCUGAUGGAGCCGCAGCGCAUGCACCCGGCCGAGGCGCCCUCGCCCCAGCUCCAGAUGCAGGCCCUGGAGGCCCACCUGCACCAGGCCCACGUGCGCUCCCAGGGCAUGGAGGCGCAGCUGCUCGAGUCGCAGCAGUCCCCCCGGCUCCAGGGGCAGCUGCAGCAGGAGCGGAUGCAGUCCGAGGGCAUGGAAGUGAUGCCCCAGGGCAACCUCUCCCAGUCGCAAGAGAUCCAGGACUUCCUGGAGCCGGAGUUGAGCUUGGAGUCGCACCUGGGCCAGAGCGGGGCGGUGCAGGGUCAGCAGCACCUCCUGCCCGACGCCAGCCUGGACCCCGACUCUUCGCAGCAAGUCCCCCAAGGCCAGCUGGAGGGCAAGGACCAGUUCGAGAGCCCCAGCCCACAAGGGGCCAAGCAGCGCUUCGUCCCCCUCACCUCCAUCUGCUUCCCGGACUCGUUGCUGCAAGACGAAGACCGCAGCUUCUUCCCGGGCAUGGAAGACAUGUUCGGGCCGCCUCCCUGCGCCGGGGACGAGUUCCCCAAGCCGGAUGACGGCACGCAAGGCAUGGAGAGGGGAGAGGGGAUGAAAGGGGGAGGCUACGACAUGAUGCAGGGGGGGCAAGGGUACCAGAGCUACUGCCCGUCGGAAAGCGGGGACGGGACGCACCUGGGGCUGGAUUCCGUGUCGGUGAAGCACGAACUGCCCUCGACGGUCAACACGGAGCAGCUGGGGCUGAUCCAGUCCGGCCAGCACGGGACGGCUCCGGUGUCAGAGUCCAAGUCGGGCCUGACGUCGCCGAUCUUCUGCUCUUCCAAGCCCAAGAAGCUGCUGAAGACCUCGUCCUUCCACUUGCUCAAGAAACGGGAGCCGUCCUUCCAGCCGCCCAAGAAGAACUACGCCCAGGAGUAUGAGUUCGAAGACGACGAGGACAAGGAGGACGUCCCGGCCGACAUCCGCCUCAACAGCCGCCGGCUGCCCGACCUGCUGCCCGACCUCAUUUCCAGCUGCCGGACCAACCGGACCAGCCUCAGCCCCAUGGGCGACAUAGACUUCUGCCCGCCCAACAGCGGCCUCAUGGAGGGGCCCAAGCGACGGGGCCGCAAGCCCACCAAGCCCAAGCGAGAGGGCCCGCCCCGCCCCCGGGGGAGGCCCCGCAUCCGGCCCCUGACUGAACCGCCCCACGGCGUGGCUCACGACGGCACCAAGAAGCCCCGUGGCCGGGGGAGAGGGAGGGGCAAGAAAGCCGGGGAGGAGGGGGUUGAACCAGGAGCAGGCUUGGAGUCCCUCAAACCACUCAAGAUCAAACUGCCAGUCCCCAAAGGUUUGGAGGGGUCUCAGUUGGAGGCCCCCACCCCAUCUCACCAGCCCACUCAAGAGAGCAGUUUGGAUAGCAGCCAGACCCGCGAGAAGAUCAAACAGAAGAUCAAGGAGGUGGAAGAGAAGCAGCCAGAGAUGAAGUCGGGGUUCAUGGCCUCCUUCCUGGACUUCCUAAAGUCAGGCAAGCGCCAGGCGCUGCCUUCCUCCGCGGCUCCGGUUGGCCCCCCUGGGGCGGCGGCUCCGGUGGCCUCUUCGUCGGGCAGCCCCUCCAAGACACCGCGUCCCCCCUCGGCUGCCUCCUCUUCCUCCUCCUCCCAGCCCCCGCCUCCCUUCAGCGUGCCCCCCCCAAUGCUGCCGGGGGGAUUGGAUGGGCCGGAAGGUGAUCCAGCUGGGCUCGUGAUGAGUUGCACCAGCCCCUGCAAGCGGCUUGACGAGGAGCUGAAGCGCAACCUGGAGACGCUGCCCUCGUUCUCAUCGGACGAGGAAGACUCGGUCAGCAAGAAUCAGGACCUCCAGAAGAGCAUCUCCUCGGCCAUCUCGGCCCUCUACGAUCCCACCGACCGCAAGGAGGGAGAACCCAAUGAUGUGCCGCCAGUGGAGGAGAAGCCUCCCAGCCCGGCUCCUUCGGUGGAGGCCGAACCCCAGCCAGAGCUACCACCACCACCCCUCUCCCCAGCUCCUUCACCCAAGGAGGCUCCUCCUGUCCCCGAAGAGCCACCGGCCCAGGCAUCCCCUGAGCCCGAGGAUCCUGAGGACACGCGGCCUCUUCAUCUCGCCAAGAAGCAGGAGACAGCAGCCAUUUGCGGGGAGACGGACGAAGAGGAGGUGGAGAGCGGCGGGGAGGGCAUCUUCCGAGAGCGCGAUGAGUUUGUCAUACGUGUCGAGGAUGUUCAGGCCCUCAAGCUUGCUCUUCAGACUGGGCGGGAGCCACCCCCAAUCUGGCGAGUACAGAAAGCUCUGCUUCAGAAGUUCACUCCUGAAAUCAAGGAUGGGCAGCGUCAGUUUUGCGCUACCAGCAAUUAUCUGGGCUAUUUUGGUGAUGCCAAGAACCGGUACCAACGACUCUAUGUCAAGUUCUUGGAGAACAUCAACAAGAAAGAUUACGUGCGCGUCUGUUCCAAGAAGCCUUGGCACCGGCCUCUGCAAACCGUCAGGAGGCAAAGCCAGCCCAAGGCCUCUGGCCCUAAGGUUCCAGUGACACCCAAAGUCGAGAAACCUGAGAAGCUGGAAGUUCCAGAGAAGGCUGAGAAACCGGACAAGCCGCCCAAGGCCGAGAAGCCCCCGAAGGCUGAGAAAAUGGAGAAAACCGAGAAGCCUCCCAAAGCUGAGAAAGGGCCUAAGCCGGAAAAGCCCCCCAAAGCUGAGAAGUCUGAAAAGCCACCCAAGGCAGAAAAAGUGGCCAAGGCAGAGAAGCCCCCCAAAGUGGAGAAAACGGACCCCCCUGCGCCCACGCCUGCAAAAGCUGCCCCAGCCAGUGGAGUGUCUAAACCCAAACCUAAGCCAGCCAAGGUGAAAGCUGAGCCACCUCCCAAGAAGAGGAAAAAAUGGCUCAAGGAGGCAGCGUCCUCCUCAGACUCCGAUUCCAGCCCCGACCAGCAGAGUGAGGAGGAGCGUGUGCCGACGGGCCGCAUUCUCAAUACGCGAGCCAUGAAGGAGAUGUACCGCAGCUACGUGGAAAUGCUGGUCAGCACUGCCCUUGACCCCGACAUGAUCCAAGCACUCGAGGAUACAAAUGAUGAACUUUAUCUCCCGCCCAUGAGAAAGAUUGACGGGAUUCUGAACGACCACAAGAAAAAGGUGCUGAAGAGAGUGUCUCUUAAUCCGUCGUUACAGGAGGCACUCCACACGUUCCCCCAACUCCACGCCGAGACGUGCGACACCACAGUUAAACUGCGCCCAGGUGGUGAACCUUACAACCGCAAGACACUCAACAAACUCAAGAAGAAUGUAUCCAAACCGCAGGAAUUCAGUGUGGAAGUGGAGAAGUCUUUUUUCUACACUCUAUACCAUUCCCUUCACCACUACAAGUACCACACCUUUCUGCGUUGUAAGGAUGAGACGACGGCGAUCGAGGGUCAAGACGAGGACCUGGGCCAGGAGGAGGUGGUGCAGCAGUGCAUGCGCAACCAGCCGUGGCUGGAGAAACUCUUUGACUCCUUCAGCGAGUUGCUGACUCAGGCACAGAGCAAGUGUGCAUGACGCAGCUGCCAGAGCCACGCCCCGGGAGGGGCUGCCCUAACGCCCGCCCCUCUGCAGAGCCAGAGCAGGAAGUGGGGAGAGGAAGGUCGAGGGGUACCAUUACAGGCAACGAGUUCAGACUCAGCUCACCACCCCCUCCCUUUUCGGGUUUCUUUCUCUCUUUUUUUAUUUUUAUUUUUUAAAAACAGGACCUGGGAUGGGCCUCCUAUUUUGGUGGUGGAGCGCGGGAGGUUUGUGAUGGCAAAGAAGACAUGUUGAGGAGGGUUCGCAUCAAAAUAUUGGAUGGUUGGACAACCCCUUUCCCUUUUGCCCUGGCUGUACAGAGAAAUAUUAUUUAUAUAUAAAUGUAUAAAUGUCUAAUUGAGCAGCCUUGCCCCCUGCUCUGGCAGGGGCGAGAGUAGGAGAACCCAUAGGAAGGUCAGAGGCGUGGCGGUGUGUGGUUUAGAGCUGGGAUCCAGGGCCCCUAGGUUUCUCCCAGGGAUGGGUGGGUUGGUAGCAGUGAGAACGGUGUAAACAGAAGGAUCCGGGUUCCUGGGUUCUAUCCUGCACCUCUUCCGUUGAGAACCUUUACUUCUCCUUAGGGAGAGUUGAGAAUUGAGUGUGGGGAAUGGUGCAUUGACUACCCUUUCUACAAUGUCCAGCUCCUAUCAUCCACAGUCCGAUCAGGCAAUAUGAGCCCACGUCCCCUCCCUGCCCACAAACAUCUCUGGUCCCAUCCCUGCCAAAUAACUCUUUCGUUUGGAGUGAGGGGGCCACACCCACCCACGCACGGACAGCGGUCACGCCUGUUCUUGCUCCCAACAGGAAUAUUUAUUGCCAAGUUCCUCCUUCUUCCCAACCAUAACUUGUUACAGAGCGUGCUCUCCCUGGGGCAUCCUUUUCCCCCCACUUGUCUUUUUGUGGGGCAAUUGCUGCUGCUGGAUCUGCUGCGAGCCACUUUCUUUCAUUUUUUUGGCCAUUGAGUUUGGGAUUCUAGCUCUUUUGGACUUGGGGAACAUCUCCCCACCUUUCCCAGUAUCCCUUCUGACUAGAUAACAGUAACAGGUGAGGGGGAGCCUAGUGAAAUCCAGAGCAGCCUGCCUGUACCAAGACUUCCUAAAAAACCCUUCCCCUUUUUUCUAGACUUCUCAACUGGCCCCACAUGAAUCAUGAGAGGGGUGCAGGAGAGGGCUGUAGAUACAUCCCUCUGUGUCUGUUAGAUCUGAGCUCCUUUGAGGGAGGGGUAAUUAUUUUUAUUCCCGCCCCCCCUGGUUGUGGUGUUUGACAAGGCAGGUUUCUGCUCCCCCCCCCCUCCCAGCUGUAUAUACUGUAUAGGAUAAAAAAAGUCUAUGUAUCAUAUUGUAUUUGACUAACUUGAACUUAACAAUGCGCAGGAGUUUCUCUCUCUCCUCUCACCUGUAGCUGUGAUGUUCUUUGGUUUGGACUGAAACUUUAAUUAGGAGGUCGUUAAUUUUUUUAUCAUUGUUGUUGUUGUUAUUGAGGGGGAGGGGAGAUUCUGUGUCCCUCACCCCUACCCCAGCCUCCUAAGCAAAGAUCCCUCUCUAACCUUGAGCAGAAAUGCUAAAAUAAACUCUGUUUAGAUAGAGGAUUAGGUCCUAGCCCCGGUUUCCCGCCCUUCAACUCACAACUCACAGGUGUCCAUCUGCCCCAUCCCACCCCGCAUUCAGCCACGCUGAACCUCGUGUUUUUCUUUUCUGAAACUUCCUAGUGGCCUCACACACGCAAGUACACCAACCUGUUAGCCGGUUCUCUUCAGCAUUCCCCCCACCCUCCCGGGUCUUCCUAGUGAUGUCCCAAAGCGAUCCCAUAUCUGAACGUAGAGCCUUCCAGCACCAGAUUCCCACCUCCCAGCCAACGUCUACCUCAUUCUUGUUCCCAUGGUUCCCUUUUUCUCCACACUACUCAUCAUUGAUCAUUGACUGCUUUGCGCCAGCGCAAUCCCACAGCCUCCAGUUUUGUUCCCCCCUUUCUUCAUACCCUUGCCCCCCCCCCCCUUUUACUGAGCAUAUCCCAGCUUCUUUGCUUUCCUUAUCUGUUCUGGGUUCCCAAACGCUUGGCCUUUCACUUUCUAGGUUCCCAAUCGCUUGGCCUUUCACCAUCUCGAAAGAGUUCUCAUUCCUUUUCAUCUACCCAAUCCACAGGGCAGGUGAAAAUCCCCCGAGACCCUUUUUUAGUUUUGUUGUUGUUGUUGGGGAGGAGAGAGGUAUGAAAAGGUACUUUGGGUGGGGGAAACAACUCCCACCUCAGAAGGGGUGGCCUCUUUGCCCUAGCAGAAUGACUUAGACAAAUCCCUGAAGAGCACAGCAAUGUGCUUGGGACCCACCUGGGUGUCUAGGUCAGGUCAGAGUCCCUUAUAUAUAUAUAUAUACACACACACACACAACUCCCCAUGUCCCUCUGGGUCCUGUCCCCUCCUCCAUUAUUUAUUGUGGAUGAAUAGAGGUUGGCAAGUGUGUAUGUGAGUGUGCGUGGGGGGGGGGUGGAAUUUGGUGUACAUGAGCUGCACUCAAAUGAGUGUGUUUUUAAGGGGGAAGAGGGCUGCCUGGCUUCCUUUUGGAUAUUUUAAAGCUUGCGACUUAGUUCUUAACCGCUUUCCUUUACAAACUCGGUUACUGAUAGCUGUUGGGCCUUAGAGGUGAAGGAUUGUAGCUUGAACCUGUGUGUGGAAGUGGGGUUAGUUGAACAUGGGUUUCGGGUAAUGAGGGAAUGGGGUGGGGGUGGGGGAGUAUUUCCCAAUACUGGAUUAAUUUUUGAGGGACAGAGUCAUGACACCUCCCAGGACAACAGAUUUGAAACAUCAAUCCCAUGUGAAACCUUGCUUAAGCGUCGGCCCUGGAUGGAGGGGCUGAGUGGCCAAAACCUGAGCACCUAGAAUUGGAGGGGCCCAGCUCCAAGGUGGUCAAGAACACACACACACACCCCAGCUUCCUGUGACAAAAAAAGACUUUUCUCCUCCUCCACCCCCCCUCCCCAUUUGGAUCUCGGAAGGCCCCCUUUUUUACGACGUGUAUUUCUGUGUAUCUUGUUCGCGCCUCAAGGGUAUUGUUCUGAGAUAUGGGAUUUGUGUUCUGUAUUAUUGGAUGUUCCUAUAUAUUUUUAUUGUUUAUUAUUAGUGUCUGAGACGUUUUUUUCUCUCAAUAUGUAAAACUCACAUUGUAUACUGUGUACACAACAAAAUGACAAAAAACACUUUUCUUUGCAAAAAUCAAAUGCCUGGCGCACAGCUUUGUUCAUUUUGUGGCAAUUUGGGAUGGCAGUGAAAAGGAGGGCAAAGUUUAUUCAAGUUGGGUCAUUGGUAGGAUGGGGUUUGGACAGAGAGGGGGAAAAAACCUAGGAAUCCCAGCUACCACUCCUAGAUCUCCGCCCCCCCUCCCCAUAGAGGCCUGACAUUCUGGCUCUUGGCCCCAGCGCCUUGGCACUGUUGACCCAUUCACUCUAUGCUCGAGGAACUCAUGAUCCCUGGCUUGAAGUCUUCCUCCUGGGCAACUCUUAAAAUGCCACUAAGGCACCAUUCCUGGCCCCAGAUAUCAGGAGGGGGCAUCAUUUCUCUGCUUUAUUCAGCAUUCUUUCCCAUUGAAGCGAAGAGAAUUCAAAUCACAGCAAAAGAAUAAAGGCAGACCUUACCUGCUCCUGCCCUGAGUUUUGUUUUAUUUUGCAGAAUGACAGCUAAGGUCAAGAGGUAAGAAGACUGGGACUUAAAAGGUUGUUGGUUGGGUAUGAGGCAGGGAGAGUAAGUUU